AACAAAUUUAAAAACAUUCAAAAUGAACUUUUUAGAUUAUAUUCACUUUAAAUUUAAAAUUUGUACUCGAAUUCUCAUUUAAGAAAAUUUCACCGUAAAAUAAUUUUAAAAUUGUAUUUACAGCUCUAAAUACUGAAAAUUAUCUAAUUCAAAAAUGUGGUUUUUUGGAAGCAAAAAAGCAAGUAGUAGUAGUAGCUCGUUUUCAUGGUCUUCUACGGCAGAGGAAGUUACCCAUGGAGUAAACGGUACCGGCCUCACCGCCAUUGUUACAGGAGCAUCAAGUGGAAUGGGUGCUGAAGUAACACGAGUUCUUGCGUUGCGUGGUGUUGAAGUUAUCAUGGCGGAUAUAAAUAUUGUUGCAGGAAAUUUAAUUAGGGCUAAAAUUCUUGAUGAAAUUCCAUCUGCUAACCUUCAUUUAAUGGAGUUGGAUUUGAGUUCAAUGGCUUCUGUUAAAAACUUUGCAUCGAAUUACAAGUCCUCUCAUCUUUUCCUCAACAUUCUAAUUAACAAUGCAGGUGUGCUUUCCCCUCCAUUUAUUCUCUCUAAAGACAACAUAGAAAUGCAUUUUGCCACAAAUUACUUGGGUCAUUUUCUUCUAACACAUCUAUUAUUAGACACAAUGAAAAACACGGCAUUACAAAGUGGUAAAGAGGGGAGGAUUGUGAAUGUAACAUCGUCAGCUCAUAAAUACACACCUCGUGAAGGAAUUUCUUUUGAUAAACUUAGAAAUCCAUCCGGGUACUCUAAAUAUUCCAGAUUUUCUGCGUAUUGUCAAUCUAAGCUCGCUAUUAUUUUGCAUGCUAAUGAGCUUGCAAAACAGCUUAAGAAUGAUGGGAUUGAAAUUAUUGCCAACUCUGUUGAUCCUGGAUUUGUAAAGAAUACAAACAUCAUCAAGCUUAAUAUUUUUCUUGAUGCUCUUGGUAUAAUUCUCAAACCCUACAUCAAAGAACUACCACAAGGAGCAGCAACAACAUGUUAUGUAGCUUUAAAUCCAGAAGUGAAGGGCAUAAGCGGAAAAUAUUUCAGUAACUCUAAUUUAGCUAAACCUUCUAAGCAAACACAAGAUGUCGUUUUGGCACAAAAAUUGUGGGAUUAUACCAUGGAUUUGAUCACUAAUCACGCUCAUUAA